AUAACGGACUGAUAGCUUUGUCGAAAAUUUGCCAAUGCGGAGGAGUUAUGCAUAUACAAAAAUACACAGAGGCCAUUGAUGGCUUUGUAUACAGAUGUAUUGAGUGUCGAAAGAGGAAAUUGGUUCGAGAAGGUUUUUCGUUGUUUUUUUGUUUACAGAUCCCUUAGGAACUUUUCUCUCAAGGUCUAAACUACCUUUGACGAAAAUUUUAAUGAUCUGUAACUUCUGGGUCCUGAAAAGAGCAGUCACAGCUACAGCUUAUGAAACAGAAAAUUCAGAGGUGUCAGCAGUGCAAUGGUUCAACUACUGCAGAAAUGUUUCCUCCUGGAAAAUGAACACCCUGACUCAAGUUCUCGGAGGAGUCGGCAGCAUAGUCCAUAUUGAUGAGACUGUACUUAUAAAAAGGAAAUACAACCGCGGGAGAUUACAAGCAAACCAGCAGUGGAUACUGGGUAUCUGCGACACGACACUGCGCAAAGGGUAUAUAGAAGCGAUUCCCAAUCGCAGUAUUAGUGCCUAUUAAUAAGCGUUUGGUGUUGCCGGGGACGACCAUUCAUACA